AUGUCUUCAACACGACAAAGCAAUACUGAUCGACGGCUUGGGAGGGAAGAAUGCCGCAAAAAGCUUUCAGAACACAUUCAUUCUCGGCUAGGAAUUAAGAUAAUUCCUGCUAACGUCCGCCUCAAUCCUCGUACGAAUGACCCUUAUAUGUGGAGAGUCCUACCCGGUAAAGAAGAGUUCUUUGCGAAGGUAUUCUUUAAGAAAUUAAGCGAUCACUCCAUUAGUACAUACCGGCUCCUCUGUAAAGAAUUUGGAAAGACUUUCGAAGCCGUAGAGCCCAGCCCACAAUGUGUAACACAGAAGCACAUCUCAUCAGUUGCACCAGAGCCCAGCUUCCGUACCAUGAUCGAUAACCUCAAAAAGAGAAUGAGAGACUUUAUCAAGAAGUUUACAAAUUAAGAAACAGAGCAGAAAU